GAGUCGUUAAUUAAAAAUUCUAAAAAAAGUUUAAUUAUUCAAAGUUCGCGAGAUAUAAAUGAGGUUAUCGCGACUUUCUUAACGAACUUUCCGAUCUAUUUCUGUUAAUUUGUUUAGGAGCGACUGCCAGGAAUUUUCUUCCUAUCGAUUACUGGUUUUGCAACGAAAAAAGUGUUUACUUUCUCAUGUUCGCGCGGAUUGGGUUGGAUGAAGUAGCGGAAAUAUGUGAUCCGCCAGGUGGCGCGACGAACUCUGGCGUAAGCAAAAGGCAGGCGCUAUGGGAUUAGCAUUACACAUAGUACCCUUCUUCAUUUUCCUAAACGUAGUUCAACGAAAUAGCGCGGAACAAGUUGUACUUCUCGACACAACGGGAGAAUCGACAUUGGAAUGGACCCGAUUUCCUUACGGACCUCAAGCUAACACGCCCGGUUGGGUGGAAGAGUCGUUUACGAACUUCCAACGCGGCAUCAACUGGAGAUCUUACGUCGUCUGCGACGUCGCCUACAACAACGUCAACAACUGGUUAUGGACGCCGUUCGUCGAACGAGGAAUCGCCAACCGUAUCUACAUCGAGAUCAAAUUUACGAUAAGAGAUUGCAGCCUCUUUCCCGGCAACGCGCUGUCCUGCAAGGAGACGUUCAGCUUACUCUAUUACGAAUUCGAUGCCGCGACAAGGGAGCCGCCCCCUUGGGAGACGGAAAGCUACAAGUUAAUCGCUCGUAUUGCGGCGGGUGAGGGACGGUUCAACGCAAACAGCGAGGUGAACAUCAACACCGAAAUCAAAAGCAUAGCCGUCGCCAAGAAGGGUGUCUACUUCGCGUUUCGAGACCAGGGCGCUUGCAUUUCUCUUCUCGCGAUUAAGGUCUAUUACAUCACUUGUCCCGAGGUGACCAUCAACUUUGCCAAGUUCCCGGCGACACCUACGGGUAAAGAGAUCACGGUGCUCGAGCAGGCGAACGGCACUUGCAUGAACAACUCGGAGGUGGUACACAGUCCGCCCACCUACCAAUGCAAAGGCGAUGGAAAAUGGACGAUACCGUCAGGCGGUUGCAAGUGUAAGGCCGGUUUUCAGCCCGACUUUGAUAAACAGAUAUGUAACGUCUGUCCACCGAGUACUUUCAAAGCAGAAACGGGCGAUGGCUUGUGCGAGUCCUGUCCCGAGCACUCCAAGGCGCCCGGUUCGGGUUACAGCGAGUGCAAGUGCAACAACGGCUAUUACCGAACGGCGAAGGACCCCAAGAGCAUGGCGUGCACUCAACCACCAUCUGCUCCGCAAAAUCUAACCAUAAAUUUUGUCGACCAGUCUACGGUUAUACUAAGUUGGAGUGCACCGCAGGACUUGGGCGGCAGGACCGAUAUUUUCUAUCGAGUGAAAUGCGACGCCUGCACCUUCGGCGUCGUCCAGUACACACCCGGCUCGGAGACGUUCAACGAUACGAAGGUGACGGUGACCGGACUGAACGCCGUGACCACGUAUCGUUUUCAAAUCUUCGCCGAGAACGGCGUCUCGCAUCUGAGCGCGAAGGGCAGCCCCGAGUAUUCGGACAUUGUCGUCACGACGGAGGCGUCGGUCGCCAGCAGCAUACCGAACGUUCGUAUUACGAGCGUUAAGAGUACGGAGAUCAGUUUGGCGUGGGAUCCGCCGUCGAUCGACGAUAUCGAGAAUGGGCUCGUCGAAAGCUAUGAGAUACACUAUUUCAUGCGAAACGACGCGGAUCACAGUAACGCGACGACGGUGAGGACAACGGAGCUCUCGACCGUUUUGACUGGCCUCCAGCAGAGAACCGAGUACGGCAUCCACGUUCGCGCGAAAACGCAACAGGGCUGGGGCGACUAUUCGCCCGUCAUUUUCAAGACAACGGGCCAAGUUUUAAACACUGCGUACGUCGGCGACGAAGAGGGGCUCAAGCUUCGCGUAAUCGCCGGCGGUAUCGUGGUGGUCGUGGUCAUUCUCGUCGCGGUCAUCGUGCUCGCCGUCAUCUUCAUUCGUUCGCGCGGCAACGACGAAUGCAACAAGAAGCAGCCGAGCGACUGCGACACCCUCGAGUAUCGGAACGGAGAAGUUCAUCAUUUGGACAACCCUCCUAUUGUUACCACCCAUACCAACGUGACCACGCCGCUUUUCGCGCCGAUCAGCGGAGCCUCCCGAACGUACAUCGACCCGCACACCUACGAGGAUCCUAACCAGGCGGUGCGCGAAUUCGCGCGGGAAAUCGACGCCAGCUGCAUCACGAUCGAGGCGAUUAUCGGUGGCGGCGAGUUCGGCGACGUCUGCAAGGGCAAGCUGAAAAUCAACGGCAAUAACGAGAUCGACGUCGCGAUCAAGACGCUGAAGGCGGGCUCGCACGAGAAGUCGAGAAACGAUUUUCUGACGGAGGCGUCGAUUAUGGGACAGUUCGAGCAUCCCAACGUAAUAUUCUUGCAGGGCGUCGUUACCAAGUCCAAUCCUGUCAUGAUUAUAACGGAGUAUAUGGAAAACGGAUCUUUAGACACAUUUUUAAGGGCAAACGAUGGAAAAUUCCAAGUGCUACAGUUAGUGGGUAUGUUAAGAGGAAUUGCGUCCGGUAUGCAGUAUCUAAGCGAAAUGAACUACGUACAUCGAGACUUGGCAGCCCGAAAUGUAUUAGUUAAUUCUCAAUUAGUAUGUAAAAUAGCCGAUUUCGGUCUAAGUAGGGAAAUAGAAAGUGCAACAGAAGGCGCGUAUACGACAAGGGGGGGGAAGAUACCGGUACGGUGGACGGCGCCCGAAGCGAUAGCGUUCCGUAAAUUCACCUCCGCCAGCGACGUAUGGUCCAUGGGUAUCGUCUGCUGGGAGGUGAUGUCGUACGGCGAACGGCCGUACUGGAAUUGGUCAAACCAAGACGUCAUUAAAAGUAUAGAGAAAGGUUACAGACUGCCCGCCCCGAUGGAUUGUCCGGAGGCGAUCUAUCAGCUAAUGUUAGAUUGCUGGCAGAAGGAGCGAACGCAUCGACCCACAUUCCAGUCCAUAGUUAAAACGUUAGAUAAGCUCAUUCGCGUCCCCGAUACCUUAAGGAAAAUUGCUCAGAAUCGGUCGAACAACCCGCUGGCGGCCGACGCGCCCGACCUAACGAAUUUCACAUCCGUCGAGGAGUGGCUAAAUUCGAUUAAGAUGGCGCGCUACCUCGAGAACUUCCACGCGGGCGGCAUCAACACGAUGGACGCCGUCGUCAAUCUGACCGUCAAGGACCUCACCGAGCUCGGCAUAACGCUCGUCGGCCACCAGAAGAAGAUCAUGAACAGCGUUCAGAGCAUACGGGCGCAGAUACGCGUGAACGGUUCGGAGGGAUUUCUGGUUUAGAUAUUAGGGAAGCCGUUAAGUUUCUUUUUUUUUUUUUAAAUGAUAACGUGUGUACAAAGUGAUUACUGUGAAUAACUUAAGUGUUAACGAAACCUUUCUAACAGUGGCAGCUUUUUUAUACGUCCUCGGUUGUAAUGUGGCAGCUUUCUUUUUUAAUUUAUUUUUACUUAGACGAUCGUGGGUUUUGAGAUUAUGUGAUUACGUGUGUGAUAGUAGGAUCUUCCAAUUUAAUUGCGUGGACGAUGACGUUUAGUUUCCUUUCACGACAAACUCAGACUGACGGAAGAAUUAACGAUCUGCGGCCUCGAUCCCGAUCACAAUGUGAUUUUUACAAUAAGACGAUUUACAACUUUUAAUUUUAGAUAAGCGCCUUUUUUUUUGUUAAUUUUAUAGCACUAACUCGAGAUGAUGAUGAUGAUGGGUACAUCGAAUUUGUUUUUGUACAAAGCAUCGUCUGCCAUACCUUAUAUAUACAUUUAUAUAUAGAGUAACGAAGCCCGUUUUCGUUUUCAUUCUUCUUUCCAGACGAUUACACACAUAAGGGAGAACACCAACUUUGUUAAAUUACGUUAAUAGCGCAAAACAGUAUAAUCAAACAGUACAUUAAAUUAAAUAUACUUUUUUACAUAUCAGUGUGAAAUGCCGAGCGUCCCGGGCGCGGAGACUCGCUGCUCCCCACGCCCGCGACGCUCGACCUCUAUGUUUUGCAAAGGUUUAGAUAAUAAAUUGCCGUAUUAAACUGUCCGUAGAUCUGUACUAGAUCUCAACGCGAAGACUGUUGUAAUACACUAAUUCUAAAUAUGUGUUGAUUUGAUUCUCAGAUAGCAAUAAUAGUAUGUGUUUACAUUAAAGCAUUCUUAGAAAGUGCAUUUCUGAAUCGUACAAUUCGAGAUAGGUAAAAGAAGAGGAUGAAAAUUUUAAAAAAUGUACUUAAUUUUAAUGCUCAAAAAUGUAAUCGUAAAUGUAACUCUCUUUUCCGUUCAUAUUUUAUUAUUAUUAUUAUUAUUAGUAAUGUAUCGUUAUUAUUGACUGAAAUUUUACAUUUUAAACGAAGAAAUAUAUUUAUUUGAGACAUUCCAUUAGGUAUAGUUAAAACGAUAAUAUUAUGUAAAGAGAACAAAAUCUGACGAAUUUCAU